CUUGGCGCUCCGCGCUUGACGCUUAGCAUGCUGGUGAGCCGACCGCUGUCCGUCUGGCUGUGGCUGCUGCAGACCGCGCCCCCACUGUCGGCGCGCCAGUGGCUGUGGGCGCUCUGCGUCGGCAGCAAAAUGUCCCUGGCGGCGAUGGUGCUGGCCAACGCCAUGCUGCUCAUGGCGGCCGUGCGUGGCGGUGGCAGCGUCAAGGAGUCCACGGCGGGGACGCUCAUGAGCUGCGGCUUCUUCUCGUGCUCCACGGCGCACGCCGUCUACCUGGUGCGCCGGCCCAGGGCGCGCGCCAUCCUCACGGGCAUGAUGCGCGUCGCCGCGGCCAUGGAGCACGCCGCCAGCCCCGACGAGCAGGCCGCGUUGGAGCGCGCCGGCCGCGGCAUCUGCUGGAUGACGGCGGUGCAGCUCACCUACGCCGCCGGCAUGGUCGUCAGCGUGUGGGCCUACGUGCUGUACGGCGCGCACCCCUACGCGCCCAUGUGGCCGCACCCGCCGCUGCCCGGGCACUGGGGCGAGCACGCGGUCUCCGCCUUCGAGAUGCUCACCAUGUUCCUGGGGUGCCUGGGCUACUUCAGCCUCGUCACCCUGAUGGGCUCCGAGGCCAUCGCGCUCGCCGGGCUGUACGAGGCGCUGGGGGUGCGCCUCCAGGCCGCGCGCGGCUGGCACGAGGUGAUCUCCGCCGUGCAGCUGCACCAGCGCCUCAACGGGGAGGCGCGCCAGUACGAGCACUUCUUCGCGGACAUCAUCGCGCACCUCAUGGUGGCCAUCCUGGUCGUGCCGCUGGUCGCCACCCUGCAGGUGGUGUUCAACGUGGUGGACCCGCUCACGUUCACCAGCUCGUCCAUCCUGCUCAGCGUCUUCCUGCCCAUGGCGACCCUCAGCCAGAACCUGACGGACGCCAGCACGGCCAUGGCGGAUAGGGCCUACUACGCCGCGUUCCAGGACCCGCCGCCGCCGGACCUGCUGCCGCCGUCGUGGGCCUUGGAAGGCAGCAAGUCACUGGCGGCGCUCGCGCGGCACGCCGCCAAGUCCAUGGCCGACUUGGAGACGCGCAAGGCCCUGCUGCUGGUGAUCGCCUCGGCGUCCCGGCCGGCCCACAUGAGCGUCAAGGGCUUCGGGCCCGUCAGCCUCCGCACGGCCAGCCAGGCCCUGCGCGUCUGGUACCAGUGGGGCAACAUGCUGGUCGGCUUCAGCACGCGCGUCGGCGUGAGCGGCUGAACCCGCGGCUGGUGCCAGCGGGCCGCCACC